CUGCAGGCAUUUGCUCUGGGCUCCAGGACGAGCUCCUCCUCAGCUGGUGCGUCUGGGUUGGGACAGUGAAAAUGUUUAGUGUCACUGGCGACAAAUACACGUACAGGGGACCCCAGUAGGCAGGCUGGUGCAUUGGAGGGGCAGGAGCAAGCCCAACAUAGGUGUGUGCACACACAUAGGAGUAGCUGGCCACAUGUGUGUGUACAUUAAGGAAAGACUUUAGUUUUUUGGUUUUUUUUUUUUUUUGGUUCCUGGGGUAAAUUUUCUGUUGAACAUUUUUCCCUCCUAUUUAAUUUUUUUUCUUUUGCAUUUUUAAAAAUUUGAACAUAAAAACUAUAAAGAAUCAAAUCUUUCAAAGGACCGAGGCGUGCAGCGGACAGCAGAUGGAUCCCGCGGCCAGCAGCUGCAUGAGGAGCCUCCAGCCCCCAGCCCCUGUCUGGGGCUGCCUUCGAAACCCCCACUCAGAAGGCAAUGGGGCCUCAGGGCUACCCCACUACCCGCCCACCCCGUUCUCCUUCCACCAGAAACCAGACUUCCCGGCAACAGCGACGGCAGCGUACCCCGACUUCUCAGCCUCCUGCCUGGCAGCCACCCCACACAGCCUGCCUCAGGAGGAGCGUGUCUUCACUGAGCAGCACCCCGCUUUCCCACAGUCCCCCAACUGGCACUUCCCUGUCUCAGAGGCCCGGCGCAGGCCCAACUCAGGCCUGGCAGGGGGUUCCAAGGAAACGGGGACCAGCAGCCUGGGCCUGCUGGACACCACAGGAGGCCCAGGCGAGGACUACGGGGUGUUUGGGAGCACUGCCAAUGAGACAGAGAAGAAAUCAUCCAGGCGGAGAAAGGAGAGUUCAGGGAAGUCAGCUGAGAUUAAGGCUCUGAGAGCUAAGACUGAAGCUGGGACCCUGGGUGGCCACCCAAAGCCAAGACCCUAUGUGUCCAUGAGCCUAGAGGCAGAGAAGCAGGCCUGCAGCUGGAUAGGAGAGUCCAGGGACAUUCUUUUUAUCAUCUUCAUGGCCCAGAUGCAGAGAGGAAAACCUUUCAGCUCCUUCACCUUCUUCUUGCAGGACCCAACUAAGCGCUUUGCUUCCUGA